AUGGCUAUUUGCCGGAAGGUGUGGUACCAGCUCCGGUACAAGUAUCGACAGAACAGGAUGCGUGAGCUGGCAUCUAUUCGCAAAGGCGAAUCCCGGUUAGAAGAGUGUCUCACAGGACCUGCACGAGACGCUGUCGAAGGAUGGCUCGAUAAUCCUAAUUCAGUGCCGCUCGUGAUCAAAACGCUGCAGCGACUGUACGGGCGACCUUCACUCGUCGUGAAGGAUCUGCUGGAAAAGGUACGGCGCACAGCAGCACCCAGGCCAGAACAGCUACACGAGCUCAUCACGUUUGGACUGGCGGUACUACAUUUGUGCGACCAUCUUAGCAACGCAGACUUGGCACAUUACCUCUCUAACCCGGAGCUGUUAGAAGAACUGGUGGAAAAACUACCUGCAACGAGACAGUUAGAAUGGGUGAGAUACAGCAAGAAAUACCUACAUCCAACAUUAAAGGAGUUUGGCAUGUUUAUGGACAAGCUGGUUGACGAGGCUAGUGCAGUCACGAAGUACGUUCAACCGAAGGCCAAUGUACAUCGCCCAGCACAUCGCAUGCACGUGCAUAGCUGUGCAAGUAGUGAAAUGUCUGUUGUACUAAGCACACCACCUCGCGAGAGACAAACACCUACACUCGAAAUUCCUUCGACACCGUGUCACCUGUGCAAGAACACGGGUCACAAACUAAGAGAAUGCGAAGCGUUCAAGCGCAUGUCUCCCGUGGAACGUGUUGAGGCUGUGACACGGAUGAAGCUGUGCCGCAACUGCCUUGCAAAUCACGGAACGAAGCCUUGUCGGUCGAAAUUCUCCUGUGGCGUCCCGGGUUGUGGUGAACGGCAUCACAGCUUAUUGCACCGGUUGAUGGAAGGGGCGACCGCCCAAACAGCACAGUGUCAAACGCAUCAACAUAGUGCGAAUUCAACUCUGUUUCGUGUAGUGCCCGUGACGGUAUACAAUGGGAACAGGCGAGUUGACACGCACGCAUUUCUCGAUGAAGGAUCAUCAUUGACGCUGAUUGAAGAUACUCUAGCUGCGAGUAUUGGAUUGAAGGGCCAUCCGGACCCACUUGAGCUGCAGUGGACCGCCAACGUAAAGCGCAAGGAGGAAUCUUCGCAUUUGACCAGCCUAGAGAUCUCUGCACGCGGGGGAGAGCGGCGCUAUCCAAUAGCGGCCGCUCAUACGGUUAAACAGCUAAGUUUGCCACAACAAAAAAAUGAUUAUUCCACACUGAUAAGUUCUUAUGACUACUUACAGGAUCUGCCAGCUGAACAACACGAAGAUGGUAUGCCGAGAAUCCUUAUCGGCUUGGAGAACGUGCACCUACUUACACCGCUGGAGUCUCGGUCUGGUCAAUCUGGAGGACCGAUCGCAGUGAGGACGGUGUUAGGAUGGUCUGUUUACGGGCCACAUAAGGAAAACACCACCAAGCGUCAACCAGCGACGGCCAACAGCAACAGGGCGAGCCAGCAGCAGGAUUUAUCGGCCCCUAUCGGACAUGUGCCAGAGAUGAACGCAGUAUCGCUGCUUUGUGAUGAUCAUGCUGUGGCAAACCAGCAGCACCCUUGCAACUUCUCUUCACCAACGGCAACGGCCGCCAGCUACCGUACCAUCAGAGGCGCUGACUACCAUCAUCACCGAGUGACGAUACCGGGUGGUGAGGUAGUAUCCAUCACCAAAAACAUACAGCAGGAACAGCAGCGUCGACGAAUCCUGACAACCUUCAGCAGCACGGCGGUCGAUAAACAACCGCUACCACGGCCGAAUGCAAGCAUUUGCAGCCAAUCAAACAUUUGCAGCAACAAUCCCAGCAGCAACAACAACGCGUACGAUACACAACAGCCGUCGCGCAUAUCCCGUACAAACUCGAUGGCAUUGACCGCUACGAUUGCUUUACCGCUACGAGAGCAGACGGAAAGCGAAACACAAAAAAUGUAA